CCACCAUUUUCUUGUUUAUUGAAAUCAAAUGCCACUCACUGGAAUUAAUGUUGCGGAGAAGAUAAGGUAAGGAUCGAAGCCAAGGGCUCAAGUCUCUCUUUCGAUCUAACGGAUAUGAUCAAAGCCACGUGUAACAAAUCUUAUCGACAGAGGAACGACCAAUAACUACUCACGUGUCACCACGAUCCGAUUAUUAUCCUCUCGAUCCAACGGACCCAAUACACUCUCUCUUCCUCUCUCUCUAGCGGCGACCUCCGAUUUCCGUUAGAUCUGAGAUGGCGGAUUCCGACAACGAUUCAGGCGGCCACAAGGACGGAGGCGGCGCGUCGUCGCGUGAGCAGGAUAGGUUUCUGCCGAUCGCGAACGUGAGCCGGAUCAUGAAGAAAGCAUUGCCGGGAAACGCGAAGAUCUCCAAGGACGCGAAGGAGACCGUGCAGGAGUGCGUAUCGGAGUUCAUCAGCUUCGUCACCGGCGAGGCGUCCGACAAGUGUCAGAGAGAGAAGAGGAAGACGAUCAACGGCGACGAUCUUCUCUGGGCGAUGACGACGCUAGGGUUCGAGGAUUACGUGGAGCCGUUGAAGGUCUACCUGCAGAAGUACAGGGAGUUGGAAGGGGAGAGGAUGACGACGGGGAGACAGGGGGAUAAGGAAGGUGGCGGCGGCGGAGGAAAUGGAAGCUCCGGGGGAUCCGGAGGAGGAGGGAUGUACGGUGGGAUUGUGACGAUGGGGCAUCAUCAUCAAGGACACGUGUACGGUGGAAGUGGGAUAAAUUAGAGAAUGAGAAACGUCUCUGCUCUCUCCUUGCGGCAGCUCUGACUUGGUUAACUCGAAAUGGAUCUCACAGGAGAAUACUAUAUGCAAUAUGGGUGUUAUACGCCAUUUAAGAGCCCGUGUACUCAUAAACUAUUAUAAUUUCGGUGAGAUUAUAGCACACUGUACCCGUUGCUAGGUUCCCAGCUUAGAUUAUAUUGGUCGUAUCUCCUUGCUAGCCAAAUACAAAAAGAGUCACUCAAAGAUUAGUGUCAUCUCACUCUCCGUGCCAACUUUCUCAGAGAAUCUGUAAUGGAGAAGCAGAGAGGCCUGGACGCUGAGUUUGCGUUCGCUAAGACUCUGGCUCAACGAGGAGAUGCGUUGUGUAUCAGAAUUUUUUUUUUUUUUUUUUGCUAACAUGUAUCAGAAUCUCUUACGUCAAGAAACUUUUGAAUUUGAAGUAGUCGGAGACGAUCUGGUACGACUUCUUCUCAGGCUUACAAGGAGUAUGAUGUGGCUAGCAGCAGUAGAUGCCAAUAAUAAUGGUAGGGGUCACAAUUGGAAAGAAAUAAAAGUUGAGGGGUCAAAAUCAAAUUUUCAGUUUUUUCCUCCCUUUUUUCUUUUAACUUAAGUUUAUUAAACAAAUCACAUUAUUAUAUAGAGAUUAUUAGUUCACCA